AGGGCAGGGAGGGAGGGAGAGAAAAGGAGGAAGUCCACACAAGUUUGUUUUACAGGACUGAGCUCAGGCUGGGACCAGGCGCCGCGCCGCAUCUGGAGGUCGGAGUAGCAGAAAACGGCGAAAGCCAAACGGGUUCAGCCGAGCAAGAGGAGCUGCCCGGAGACUUUCCUACGGCCAGGAGACACUGAGAGAGACAGAGACAGAAAAGAGGGGAUCACUGCUCCACUGGGCAAACACACAAAUAUGGCUGCUAAAUCUCUGUCCAGCCUCUGCCUUCUCUGCAUCCUCUCAGGGAUUGCCCGUCCAGCUUCUGCCGCCAGGCUUGGGGAACAGCAACAGUUGGUGCUGGAACUGCAGGAGUGUGAGAAGGGAUCUUUCCUUAGUGAGCAAAACGUCUGCUUACCAUGCAACUGUAAAGGCCACGCCGACUACUGCGAGGACAUCACCGGCAUUUGUAUAAACUGCAGGGAGCACAGUGCAGGGGAUUUCUGUGAAAGGUGUGAGGACGGCUACAUGCUGACUUCCGGCCCGGGUGGACGCCACAUCUGCCAACCCUGCGCCUGCCCCCUCUCAGUCCCCUCCAACAACUUCGCAGUGCACUGUGGUGGCGCCGAUCUGCGGUGCAAGUGCCAAGAGGGCUACGCCGGACAUUCCUGUGAGAGGUGUGCUCCUGGUUACUAUGGCAACCCCAUGGCAAUUGGCAAUUCCUGUAAGAGGUGCGACUGUAACGGCAACUCCGACCCCAACCUGAUCUUCAACGAGUGCCACAACGUGACGGGCCACUGCCAGCACUGCUGGGGAAACACCGCCGGCGCCAACUGCGAGAGGUGCGCCCCAGGUUUCUAUGGCGACGCCAUCAGUGCCAAGGACUGCAGAGAGUGCGUGUGCAAUAAAUGUGGCACCUCCUCGUGCGACGACAGGACGGGAGUGUGUCACUGCAGACCAGGAGUCACCGGACGACUCUGUGACCAGUGUGAGGAGGGCUACUCGGGUUUCUCCAGCUGUCAGGGCUGUCGGAGGUGUGAAUGUGGGCCAGCUUCCAUUCGUUCCACCUGCCAUCCUCUCACCCACAGCUGCCCGUGCCGCCUGGGGGCUUCAGGUCGUUACUGCGAGCGUUGCCUCCCAGGUUACUGGGACUACAGCCCCUCCGGCUGCCAGAAGUGUGACUGUGAGAGCGGCCACUGUGAUAUGCACACAGGAGAGUGCCUGGCAGAGGCUGCAACCAUCAACCUGUGCAACAUCAGUUGUGAUGAGUGCAUUUGGCAUCUGAUUGGGGACUUGCGGUUAUCCAAUAAGACACUGGACCAGCUGAGAGUUGGAGUUUUGAACAUCUCCACUGGGGCUGCGGCUAACGACAGGCUUAAAUACUACAACUACACAGCUCAUCGACUGGAGACUCAGUUUCAAGGCUGGAGAAAUAAGUCAUCUGCAAUGAGGGCGCUGACCGGCGAGCUGGAGGACGCCACGAACGCUGUGGUGCUCGACAUCAAAGAGCUGGGAGAAUCGGAGAGUGUGGUGGUGACUUUGGGGAACAGGCUGGAUAACGACACACUGGAGACCUUUACCCUGGCCGAACAGCUCAGCACAAACCUCACCGAUCUCAACAUUCGCAUCGAAGAGAUGAUCCAUGACUGGGAGCUGUACAGCGUUCACCAGGAUGUGGACCCGGAGGUGGUCAGACGCAAGACGGAGGUGGCCCAGGCAAUGGUGACCUGGAUGAGGAAACUGGACCUGUCCCCACGAGAGCCCAUCGCCACUGACGAGUCGACUGAGGCCCAUGACUUGCUGAGGCGUAUCCGUCAGUUGGAGAAGAAGCUGAUGAUCACAGAUGGCCGUCUCCCACCUGUCAGGGAGAUUCUGUCCCGCUUCUCCACCAAGCUGUCGGACGCCCGGGGCUUCCUCCAGAAAGCGGCGAGCGCCGUCCAGGAGACCGUGGACAAGAACAGAGCCAGCGUCCUCAAAUUCCAGAGGAAUGAGGUGAAGCAGCAGGGGCUGACGGAGGACCACGCUGCUGUCAACCACACACUGGAAGCAGCCAGAGGCCUCCUCUCUGACACGGAGACGACUGUGGCCGAGGUGGACGCCUUGGCGCAGAAUGUGACGGAGUACCACGCGGCGAUCGACGGCGCCAGCCAAAAGCUGACGGAGAAGACGGAGCGUCUGUCGCUGGCGGACAGAGAUCUGGUUCAGAGGGCCGACGCCCACGCUCAGGAGCUGGAGAGACAGGCCGACGAGCUGGAAGAGGAUCUGAGAGCGAGCGACGCCAACGGCUUCGUGCAGAGAGCCAUAAGCGCCGCCAACGUCUACAACAACAUCGUGAAAUACGUCAACGACGCCAACAUCACCUCGAUCACCACCCUCAACUUAUCCCAGAGAGCUGAAGACGCGAUCACCAGCAUCAACACGCAGCUCGGACACCUGGUGACGCAGAGCGACAAUGUUUUCAAGGAAUCUGUUUCAUUACACUCAGAGCAAAUUGAGGUCGAAUCCGAGGUGGUCGACAAGGUGAAAUACAUCGAGGAGACCAAAGAGACCAUGGAUAAAAACAGCAAAAAACUGGCAGAAAUCGUGAAGGAUAUCGGUGGGAUUCAGGCGGACAGGACGCCGAAGCGCCUGGAGUUCACCCUGGAGGUGGCCGAGGGGACCCUCAACCGCUCGGCAGAGGUCCUUCAGACCGUCACGCCCAUCAGCAGCAAGGUGGAGGAGUGGGCCGCCAACAUGAGAAACAACGAGUACUCCACAGAUGCUUACGAACAGGCCGUUUCCUCCGCUGGGGAAGCCGUGGAGAACCUGAACGUGCUCGUUCCUGAGCUGCUGGACAAACUGAAGGUGGUUGAGGAGAAGAAGCCCGUCAACAACGUGACCACCAACAUCAUGAGGAUCAGAGAGCUGAUAGCUCAGGCGCGGAGCGUGGCCAAGAAAGUCCAAGUGUCCAUGAAGUUCAAUGGCCAGUCGUCGGUGGAGGUUCAUCCUCACAGUAACCUGGAAGAGCUGAAGACGGUGACGUCCAUUAGCUUGUUCAUGAGAGUGGACCCCGACAAGGAUCCCAUCGAGGACCGUUUCAUCUUGUACCUGGGAGACAGAAAUGGGAGGAAAGACUACAUGGGUCUGGCCAUCAAGAAUGACAACCUGGUCUACGUGUACAACCUCGGGGGCGAGGACGUUGAGAUUCCUCUGGGGUCAAAGCCCGUCAGCCAAUGGCCUGCAGUCUUCAACUACAUCAAAGUGGAGAGGCUGGGCAGACACGGGAAAGUCUUCCUGACCAUCCCCAGUCAGAGCUCCACAGACGAGCAGAAGUUCAUCCAGAAAGGCGAAGCUCCAGGCACCGACUCACUCUUCGACAUCGACCCCAAGGACAUGGUGUUCUUUGUUGGUGGCGUCCCCCCGGAGGUCAAGCUGCCUCCCCCGCUGAGUCUGGCUCCGUUUGUGGGCUGCAUCGAGUUGGCCUCGCUCAACAGUGAUGUCAUCAGUCUGUACAAUUUCAAGGAGACACACAAAAUGGAUGUGGUUGCAUCAGCGCCGUGCCCCAGGUACAAGUUGGCGUUCUCGCAGAGCCGCAUCGCCAGCUACCUGUUCGACGGGACGGGCUACGCACUCAUCAAUAAUAUGGAGAGGAGGGGCAAAUUUGGCGUCGUCACAAGAUUUGAUAUUGCAGUACGAACAGUUGCAAACAAUGGCGUCCUUUUCCUCAUGGUCAAUGGGGACAAAUUCUUCCUUUUAGAAUUAAAGAACGGCUUCCUGCGUCUCAUGUACGACUUCGGCUUCAGCAACGGCCCAAAACUGUUGGAGAACAACUUACCGAAGCUGCAAAUAAAUGACGCACGGUACCACGAGGUGUCGGUCAUCUACCACCAGUCGAAGAAGGUGAUCCUGCUGGUGGACAAAAGCCACGUUAAAUCUAUGGAGAACCCAAAAACCACGCUGCCUUUCUCAGAUAUCUAUAUAGGUGGGGCUCCAUCCAGCAUCCUCAAAUCCAGGCCGGAGCUGUCUGCUGUGACCGGCCUGAAGGGCUGUGUGAAAGGUUUCCAGUUCCAGAAGAAGGACUUCAACCUGCUGGAGGAGCCGGGCACCAUCGGCAUCAGCAGCGGCUGCCCGGAGGAGGCGUUUAUGUCCCGUAAAGCUUAUUUCACCGGAGAGAGCUACCUGGGAUCCACGGCGAAGAUUUCCCCCUUCGACAGCUUCGAGGGAGGACUCAACUUCAGGACAUUACAGCCCAGUGGACUCCUGUUCUACCACAGCGAAGGGUCUGAUGAGUUCAGCAUCUCGCUGGAGAACGGAGCAGUGGUGCUGAACUGCAGAGGCACGAGAGUCAAAUCACACAGGAAGCAGUACAACGAUGGAAGGACACACUUCCUAGUGGCCUCAGUGAACAAUCAGAAGUAUUCCUUGUUGGUGGAUGACAAAGACAAGCAGGAUAAGAAACGUCCCGCGUCAGCUGCAAGUUCCUCGUCAGAUGCCGCCACGAAGUCCUUCUACUACGGCGGGUCUCCGAGCAGCAGCUUCAAGAACUUCACCGGCUGCAUCAGCUACGCCUACAUCAACAGACAAGACCGGGACAUCGAGCCUGAGGACUUCCAGCGGUACACGGAGAAGGUUCAGACGUCCCUGCAGGACUGUCCGGUGCAGCGCCCCCCCGCUGCUCUGCUGUCCAGGCACAGCGCCAAACGUGGCCAGCCACUCAAGGUCACCAGGGACAAGUCCGGCCUCCCUCAGGGUCUGAUGGAGCUGAAGAGCGACGACCAGGAGCCGUCGGAGCCGAACAUCGAGCCCUGCUACCUCUCCUCCAGCCCCAGAGCGCCUCAACAAGCCUUCCACUACGGCGGCAUCGCCAACAGCAGACAGCACUACGCAGAUCUCCCAGACUCCUUUUCUGAGAGGUCCCACUUCUCCUUGUCCCUGAAGACCCACUCAUCCUUCGGUGCCAUCUUCUACGUGUCUGAUGUCCAAGAGGACAAUUUCAUGGCGCUCUUCCUGGCCCACGGAAAACUGGUGUACACCUUCAACGCAGCAGACCAGAGGGUGAAAAUCAAGAGUGAGAAGAAAUACAAUGACGGUGAAUGGCACGACGUUAUUUUUAUCCGUGAUGGGAGUAAGGGGCGGUUAAUAAUCGAUGGGCUCACGGUGCUGGAGGACAGAGUCCAGAGAAGCAACAUCUCCUGGCACGUCAGCAGCCCCCUGUAUGUCGGAGGAGUUCCUCCUGGAAGAGCUCAGAAGAAUAUUCAGACAAACUCUGCGUACAGCUUCACUGGCUGUCUGAAGAACCUUGAGCUGGACGGACAGCGGCUGUCCUCAGUGACGGAGACGUAUGGGGUCACUCCUUGCUUUGAGGGAGUCUCCGAGCCGGGAACGUACUUCUCAGAGGAAGGAGGAUACGUCAUGCUCGAUGAAUCUUUUGACCUGGGGCUGAGGUUUGAGCUGGUGAUGGAGGUGCGCCCCCGUGUGGCGUCCGGCGUGCUACUGCACAUGCACGCAGCAGAGGGCUUCUUCACCAUGUACACUCAUCAAGGAGCGGUGGUGGUUCUUGUAAACGACGGCACCCAUGAGUUCUUCACGAAGGUGUCUCCAAGACAGGGUCUGUGCGCCGGCAACUGGCACAGGAUCACUGUGAUCCGAGAUGCCAACGUUGUCCAGCUGAACGUGGGCUCCGAGGUCAACCACGUGGUGGGACCUCUGAACGCCAGAGCCGCAGACGCUAGAAAGCCAGUGUUCAUCGGUGGAGCUCCAGAUCUUUUCCUCCCGGAGAGCGUCCCCACCAGAAAGGCCUACGUGGGCUGUAUGAGGAACCUGACCAUCAAUAACAGCCAAGCCAGCUUCAGCAAAGCCGUUCUGGUCAGUGGAGCCGUCAGCGUGGGAACCUGCCCGGCAGCGUAACGCCUCCGUCAACGCCACGCCACGCCCCGCCCCCCCGCUAUCCCCAAUACAGCACUGACCAAACACAUUAAAAAAACGUCUCUUUCUGUCAAACAUAACCAAGAAGAGACGUGAUGUCAUUCGUUUCGCUGUGUCAGAGUUUUGUCUUUGUUCCUGUCUUUAACUUGUUGGGUCUUUUUUAAUUGUUCUACAUGAAAUUGUCCCAAGAAAAUGACCAAAUCGUCCAAAUUUAAUAAUGGAAAACAACGAAUCAUUUAUGAGACAGUGAGAUGUCAGGUUUAGAAUCUGCAGUGUAUCAGUGGUUAAGACUACAGUUAUUUUUACAGUGUGAAAGACACACUUGAUAUUAAUGCAUUUUAUGGUCCAUCACCCCAACUUUAUAAUCUCAAUGACACGUUUUUUGUACAAGCUCAUGCUCAAAACUCUCUCUUUUUUUACAGUUUUAUUUCUGAUGAAUAAAUAAUGUUUUACAUCCAUA